AUGACCUCACCAUCUACGAAUCCACGAACCCCCAACCCCUCCGCCUCACCGCUCCCCCUCUCCGCCAGCCAAGAAGCCCAAGUCCGCGAGCUAUACUUCAAACGCGUCCGCCAGAAAUGUGCCGACGAAGUGCGAGAUUUCGCCGCCUGCUGCACCCACCGCACCUUCACCGCGACCUUCAUGUGCCGGCGCGAGCAAAAGGCCAUGAACAACUGCAUGAUGCAGUACGCGACGCAGGCGGAGCAGGAUGCGGCGCGACGGGAGUGGUUUGAGACGAUUGAUAAAAGGAGGGAGGAGAGGGAGGCGAAGGAGGUGAAGAGGCGGGAGGAUGAGAGGUUUUGGAGGGAGUGGUGGGAUAAGGAUUUGGGGAGGAAGCCUGGACAGGGGAAGAAGGAGGAGGGGGAGGGGAGGUAA